AUGCGAUGCGCGAGCAAGGCCGCCGAGAGCGCGUCCGCACGUCUCUGUGUGGACGCCGAAGCAGAAACCACAGCAACUGAUGUCUCAUCGGUUGCUGAAGCGACCCAGCCUGUGUCACUUGGUGAUGCAGGCGCCGGUCAUGAAGACACUCAUGUCUUCACAGAGUAUGAGCUCGGUGUCUCAUACUCUCCUGAUACGGAUGACGGAUCCGUAUCGACGGCGAUUGAAUCCAAGCCGCCUGCCAAGCGUGGCAUGGACGAUGCUAUGCGUCGUAGCAUCUUUGGUUCAUCUGAUGAAUCAGAUGAACCAUCGCCGAAGCGAAGGCGCUCGAGGUCGCGAGACUCGGGCGCUAAUAGUGGUGUCGGUUCUCCUAUGGACACCACUUCGCAACGAGGUGCCAGUACUUCUGUCGGCACGUCGCAGGAAGAGCGGGACCGCAAUGUGUUGCGUCUCGCUCCUGAAAAGAAGGCAUGGAUACCUCCCAAAUCUGUCAUGGACCACUUGUCGGCGACGACGAGUGAUCGUUAUUGA